ACUACUGGCGUGUCUCUGAUUCCAGCGUGGUUCAGGUGGCUUUUAGUAAAAAAUUAUCAAGAAAAAAGGAGCCAUUUUCUAUUGUUUAGUGAAACGAACACUUACGAAAAAGUAUAAAACGCUUUAAAGUCGUUGUCGCAGUCUAAAACGCUUUGAAGUCGUUGUCGCAGUCUAAAACGCUUUGAAGUCGUUGUCGCAAGGAUGAGUGUGCGGACCGGAGUUACCCAUAUGGCUGUCUGUUUUGUUUAUAUCUUGACUACGGUUCACACUGGGAUAUCUAAUCCUUCAAGCCCAUAUCAAUGUGGAACAGGACAGUUUAACUGUACAAAUGAAAAGUGCAUUCCUGCUCAUUGGCAGUGUGAUAGAGAAAAUGACUGUGGGGACCAUUCAGAUGAGGAUGGUUGUCCUGACCAAACAUGCCAAGCAAAUGAAUUCCGCUGCAACAAUGGACGAUGCAUCUCACAGUCAUGGUAUUGUGAUCAAGCUGAUGAUUGUAAAGAUGGAUCUGAUGAACACGGAUGUGGUAUGUUAACAGAUGAACAAUGGUUAUUUAACCUUUCAAUCUUCUGGAGGGUCGUUCUCGCAAGGAUGAGUGUGCGGACCGGAGUUAUCCAUGUGGCAGUCUGUUUUGUUUAUAUCUUGACUACGGUUCACACUGGGAUAUCUAAUCCUUCAAGCCCAUAUCAAUGUGGAACAGGACAGUUUAACUGUACAAAUGAAAAGUGCAUUCCUGCUCAUUGGCAGUGUGAUAGAGAAAAUGACUGUGGGGACCAUUCAGAUGAGGAUGGUUGUCCUGACCAAACAUGCCAAGCAAAUGAAUUCCGCUGCAACAAUGGACGAUGCAUCUCACAGUCAUGGUAUUGUGAUCAAGCUGAUGAUUGUAAAGAUGGAUCUGAUGAACACGGAUGUGAACAAAAUGUGAAUUGUAGUGCCCAAGAAUUCAAAUGUACAAAUGGCAAAUGCAUCAGAAGUCACUGGAAGUGUGACAGACAAGAUGACUGUGGUGAUAACUCUGAUGAGGAUUCUUGUACUGAUGGCUCAGGACGGGCACAACCAAGUUGUGGAAGUGGUGAAUUUACAUGCAACAAUAGCCAAUGUGUGCCUUGGUCAUGGGUUUGUGAUGAUGAUGAUGACUGUGGUGACAACUCUGAUGAAGAACCUCGCCACUGUUCGGCCAAAACCUGCAGUGCUAGCCAGUUUACUUGUACUAAUAAGCAAUGUAUUCCACUGCGAUGGAAAUGUGAUGGUGAUUCUGACUGCAGUGAUGGUUUUGAUGAAAGUGGAUGUCCCACUAGGGCACCUCCAUUUUGUUCAGAAAAAAUGUUUCGCUGCGAUGAUGGAACCUGCAUCCGCGGUCAUUGGAAAUGUGAUGGAGAAAAUGAUUGUGUUGAUGGAUCAGAUGAGAAAGGAUGUGCUUCUGCUGUUAACUGUACUAUGGAUCAGUUUUCUUGCAAUGAUGGAAGUAAAUGCAUUCCAAAAACUAAAAAGUGUGAUGGAGUAGAGGACUGUCAGGAUGGGUCUGAUGAAAGUUCCAGUUUCUGUGUGGCUAACUGUACUGCUGAUCAAUUCAAGUGUGGAAGCACACCAAAGUGUAUUGAAAAAUCGAAACUCUGUGAUCGAAAUAGAGAUUGUCCUGGCGGAGAGGAUGAGCAGCAAAACUGUGAUAUCAAUGAAUGCAUGGAUCACAAUGGUCACUGUCAACAAAUAUGUAAUGAUCUGAGCAUUGGCUUUGAAUGCUCCUGUCUUUCGGGCUAUAUACUUGCGGAAAACAAGAAAAGUUGUGAUGAUGUUGAUGAAUGGAAAGUGUUUGGAAAGUGCAGUCAAGAUUGUCAGAACACCAAGGGAAGCUACAAAUGUUCAUGUAAACCAGGUUAUCAAUUGGAGCCUGACAAGAAGACAUGUAGAGCAAAAGGCAAUACACCAUACCUGUUGUAUUCAACACAAUUUGGUAUUCACAAGAUGCCUUUGGAUAGAACCUCCAAUGCUCAAACUGUAGUUGUGAAAAAUCAGAAAGGAGUGGUAGCCAUUGACUAUGACUACUAUAACAACUACGUGUACUGGACAGAUGUCAGAGAUGAGAGGAUUUGUCGUGCUCAAAUUCCCACCCAUGGAGGAGAUGCAGCUGAUUGUGAGGUUUUGGUGUCAAAUACUCACACUCCUGAUGGAAUUGCUAUUGACUGGGUUGGCAAAAAAAUGUACUGGACUGACGGGCACUACAACAGAAUUGAGGUGGCAGAACUUAAUGGUUCUCAUAGAUUGACCCUUUUCGACUCUGGACUAGAUGAACCAAGAGCCAUUGUUGUGGACCCUCUUUCAAGACAUCUAUACUGGACUGACUGGGGAGACAACCCAAAGAUUGAAAAGGCAGCUAUGGAUGGAGACCCAAAAACAAGACAAGUCAUUAUCUCUGAAGGGUUAGCUUGGCCUAAUGGACUCGCAAUUGAUUACACCUUAAAAAGAAUCUUUUGGGCUGAUGCAAGACUGAAGAAGAUAGAAUCCAGUAGGUAUGAUGGCUCUGACCGCCGUCUCAUUGCCAGCGUCAUACCACAUCAUCCAUUUGGGUUGGGCGUGUUUGAGAACCAGUUGUACUAUACAGAUUGGUACAAGUUUAACAAGGGAAUCAGAAAGCUAAACAAAUUCACUGGAUCUGAUAAGCAAAAGAUCAAACCCACACUGUGGUCCCACAUGGAUAUCAAUGUGUAUCAUCCUCUCCGUCAGCCUAAUGUUACCAAUCCCUGUGAGGUUGAGAAUGGUGGAUGCAGUCACCUGUGCCUGUUGGCAGCAGUUCAUUUAAAAACUCAUACAUGCCGAUGUCCUGAUGGAAUGAAUAUCUCUGCUAAUGGCAGAAACUGCACUGGAAAGGAAACUCCAUGGCAUCCAACCCCUACAACCCCCACUUCUACACGUGAACCAACGAAAACCACUGCCCAAGUUGCUAAAACCACACAAAAAGCAAUUUCAGCUAAAACCACACAAAAAGCAAUUUCAGCUAAAACCACACAAAAAGCAAUUUCAGCUAAAACCACACAAAAAGCAAUUUCAGCUAAAACUACACAAAAAGCUCCUUCAGCUAGUACCAGAUCUGUUACAAGAAAAGUGCCCUCUGAGUCACCAUUGCCUGAACCCACAAAGAAAAUAAUGAAACCAUCAACAAGAUCAAAUAUAGCAGUGUCAAAACCCCCAAAGUCCCCUUUGACCAGUGCUGCAGAUACAUCCAGCACCCCAACUUUGUCUCCUACAAAGAGUUCUACAGCCACCCCAGGGGGACCAGUUGUGGCUUUCCAGAGAAAAGACGAUACAGAAGAAGCUCUCUCUGGUGGUGUCAUAGCUGGUAUAAGCAUUGUUAUGGUCUUAGUAAUCAUCCUUGGUAUUGUUGCCAUCUGGUACGUGAGGAGUCGUUCUAAUUACAACCGUGGAAAAAGCAUUAGCUACUACAAAGACAUGUCCUCCAAGCCUCUGGAAGAAGAUUUUGAUGACGAUGAUGAGAGAUGUAAGGUGUUUGAUGACAGGGGAUCGCGUGAAAGGGUUGAAUUUGCCUGAAGUUUGUAAAAUGUACUAUUUAUAUCUUCUACUGCUUAGUAUUUGUUGAAUGCAAAGGUACAGUAUGUGAGAUCAGUUUUUUAGUCACUUAAUGUUAACAUCCUUUUGGUGUGUGUGCGAGUCUCUGACGUGUCUUUUAUAAACCCUUCCCAAUAUCCUUGAUGGCUCGUUACCAUUUAACACUGCGCUGUUAUACUGGGUUUGUCAUCAGUGCAGUACACACAGUUAGCCUGUGCACAGCCGCCCCUUCCCUCCCCUGAAAAAUGGCUCGUGCACGAUAUCCUUCCUUAUGACAUAAGUAAUUGAUAGUUCGUCUAAAGGACUUAUUUUGAAAAUAGAUCAAAGGUCUAGUAUGUUUCUUUUAGUCCAUAUUACUAUAUUUUCCUACCGAGAUUGUAGUAUAUUUAAAGAUAAAGAAAGAUUCGUAAAGAGUUAAUAUUUCUUUAAUCAGCAAAAUAUGGUGGCGAAGAGGUAGAUUGAGAAACACGAGUAUUUAUUUCAACAUAUUUUGAUCAUCAUGUGGUGAUCAAUAUUUAUAUAAAUGCUGUUAACAUUAACCUACAACUUAACAUGUGUUUUCAACCACCGUUCAACAAAAGUUAAUAAUAAGUCAUUAAAAAUAAUUGCGACUAAUAAACCUUAAGUCUUCGUAGCCUUAGAUAAAUAGAAAUAGGUCGGAACUAGCCUGGUUUAUCAGGUGCCACGAAAAAAAAGAAAAAGAGAACCAAAAAUACCUGACGUGUUUGCCAUAAGCCGCAGUUACUGGCUUUAGGCAUCCAAGAGAUCAUCAAGUUGUUGACUAUUUACUGAAAUUUGAAAUAUUUUAAAAUACGAAUUACAAUCAGUACUAACCAACCCUCGUUUGGAAAAAAAAAAGUUAAAGUUAAGGAGAAAGAAAGAAUAAUGUAUGCUAUAGAUAGUGAAAGGUUCUGCAGUCACUGCUCCAUAGCUAGUUAGCUAUCAACAGUUCCAAUUUCAAAUGGCUUUAAUUUAUCGAAUUCAGAUAGGUAGUGGCGGGAACCCCACUUUUGUAGCUUGACGUCCUGAUUCUGGUCCACACAAAAAAGAAAAACAAGCGAAAAACUAAACAGAAGGAGAGAUAAUUGUAAGGAAAGUUCAUCGGAUUGAAAUGUGGACUAGUUAUCCACAGCUUUAUAAACUGCGGGCACCGGGUGAAAGCCUGAUAUCAUAAGGGCUGCGAAAUUACUCGUUUCCCAUUGGUCGCAUGAAAAAUGCUCGGUACUUUGCUCUAUCUUGCAUUUAUGGCUUGACUAACCGAGCAUUCUGCUUAUCAGGGGUCCAAUAAAUUCCUAUAAAUAAUGUAAAUACUUGGAUGCAAUGAUGUACAACAAUACAUGUAGAGCUUAAAAGUAAAUAUAUUUAAUACAGUAGAACUGGUAAUUGUUGUGUUAUCAAGUUAAGUAAAUUCAAGAUAAAUCUUUCUUUGACGUUGUAUACAUCUUCCUAUGGCAGAGUUCUUAUUUUAUUCCCUAAUAACUGUUUCAAAACAAAAAUGGUUAAUUAGUUUGAUAGCUUUUGUAACAGGAAGUCGGGCUGGUCCCUCUCCCUGUCUUAUUUUUGCUACUAAUGAAUAAUUUUGUUGAAUAUUGUCCAUGACACGGCGUUUUGCGAAGUGGUUUUUUUUCGCCAAUCUGUAAAGAAUGAAAAACACUCUUCAGUGAAAUGAAACCUAAUUUAGUCCAAAUGCUGGAUGCUACAAAUCCAAUUUUUGAGGCGGAACCAGAUACUAAAAGUAAAUUUUGCUUAUGAAAAGUACUUAUGUAAGAAAAAAAUUAAAGGUGUUAAAAUUUGAAAAUAUAUAAAAGGCUUAUGUAGAAAAACAAUUAUCCUUCCUAGCUGGCCGUUUGAGGACGUUAAACCGUCAGAGGAGCAGCGAAAACGAACGGCACUGAGAACCUCGAAGGGUUCUACCAACUCCUGGCGCAGUUUUGCAGCUCUUUUCUAGCUCCAAGAACUUCCUCGAGACAGCCAGUUAGGUCUUAAGCAAAAAUAAACCAUUAGGCUGUGAUAUUUUAUGCAGAAUGGUUGUAAGGGAAGAGCUCGGUAAGAAGAUGUAUUCAUAGCAGUCACUUUCGUUUAAGUUAUUUAUCUGUAGAUGUUAUUGUUACUAUUGUUAAUGGUUUUUAAGGUUUGGAUCUCAAGUGAAAAACCUACCGCGAUAGAGAAUCCUGUUAUUUACUGGAAGAAAUACUUAACGCGAUGUCUGUAAAAAUGUGAGAAACUCGCCCAAACAGUACAAAAAGAACAUUGCAAGACAUUGUAAUGUAUUAAUUACAUUUUCAUGUUUGUGAUCGACAAAUUGGGUUAUGACACAAUUUCAUAUUGAAAAUAACAAGUAUUUCAGUGUUGUAAUUUCGUAUUACCCGUGUAUCAUUUUUAGGAGUAAUACACUUUAUUAAUCACGAGAUAUAAAUAGUUUGAAAUCGAAUAGCAACGGUAUUAAGUAUCAUUAUCUCUUUGUAUUUAAAAUGACUUUAAUAGUACAAGCCUGAUCACAGGAAUAUGAAAUCGUUCCAAGUUUACAAGUUAUAAAUAAUCGGCUUUGUAUAUAAGCAUAAAUAAAGUAAACCUGUGUGAAACUUGA